AUGAACUCGCUCGCCAAAGUCGCCCUGGCAGCGUAUCUCGGCGUGAAUGCCAAAAACCUGCUUUUCGCCUGGCACGUCCGUUUCUUCUACUACUUUUUCCGGUACCUGUUUCUACCGGAAAACCUGCUGGGGUACCCCGAAGCCGAGCUGCCGAAGACGCCGUUCGAGGAAUGCCGCUACGACUCGCGAUGCAACCUCCUGGAGCUGGACAUCAACAUCCACAAAAGUAACGCCACGUACUUUGAGGAUCUCGAUAGCGCCCGAACCAAGCUCAUUGUGUGGGUGCUCAACCGGUUCCUCAAGGACUCCAAGAAGAACGAUGGCUCGUGGGCCUUCAUUCCGAUCGGAUCCGUCUACUGCAACUUCAAAAACGAAAUUGCCCCGUUCCAGAAAUACACCAUGGUGUCGCGAGUCAUUGGAUGGGACCACAAGUGGUUUUUUGUCGAGAGCCAGUUUGAAAUGAACGACCCCAAGAACCCCACCAUCGCGGCGACAGCCAUCACAAAGUACGUCAUCAAGGACGGACGGAGAACUGUGCCUCCGGGCGAGGCGUUUCGACGGGCCGGAUACAGCGAGGAGGAUCUGGUCAAGGGCAUUUCGGAGUUUAAGCGUCUGGGUCUCCAGCGGUUUAUUGAUAUUGAGGAGAUUGGGGCUACUCCUAGAGCCAAGUUGUGA